CUCCUCCUCUACCGUCUCGGGAGGCGGCCGCGCGCUGCCCUGAGUCCCCCGGCGGCGGGAAGGCCCUUCUUCGCACAGCGCGGCAGGCGGUAGCCCCUCCGCCCCUCCUGGCGCCGCGCGCACCCGGGUGUUGCUGCCAGGCCCGCCGCCUUCCUGACACAGACUGGCUCCCCGGCCAGGCGCCCGAAAAUAGCAGCUGCCUCGGCAUGGAACGGGCGGCGGCGGCGGCCUUGGAGCAGGCAGCACCACUGAGCAAUGGCCUCCAGCCUCAGGAACCAGGUGGGUAGUGCACUGGUUUUGCCUGCCGGUGGUGGAGUGACCGCUUUGAAGUACAGACUUCACUGCCUGCCAGCCAGACUGACUGACUCAUGACAUGUGUUGCAGAAAACAGUUUUAGGUGUUAAUUGCCUGCUUUGAGUGUCUCCUAAACUUGCUAAUCCAUAACAGCAUGAUUGUGUGUACUAAAUUUGGGGUGUUAUACAUCACUUUCUGAGCCAUGCUGCAAACCAUCCGAACCACUGCCUCCCCUAUCAUUCUUGUCUUGGAAAAUCUCAAUUGUACCCAGAUUUCACUUUUUGCUUUCCUGUUUGAGGAUGGCUCCAGUUCUGCUAGUACCUGUGAAACCCAUCCUAAUGCCAUCUUACAAAAUUGAAUUAUGUGAAGCCUGAGUUCAAAAUCUGGGCUCAUAGAUAGAUUCCUUGGAUAAGCCCAAUAUUGUCGACCCUCCAUUUUCUAUCUGUCGAUGGGAAUAAUGGUGACCUACCUCACAGGGUUGUUGUGAGGGCACUCAAUAAAGAUAAUGAAGUUAUUCAACUGCCACAGAAAUGUGUGAAUAAAUAUACAGCCCCCUCCUGACCGGGUCUACUUUUUCAGAGCAAGUAGUUAGCCCCUCUUACACUUUCCCCUCUACUGUAAAAUUUGCAGAAGACAGUUUGGGCCCUGACUGAAAUCAACAAAUGCCUUCACCUUAGGCUGAAGUGUGUGGGUUGCUGCCUGUCAAGGGAUGUCAACAAUAAACUAACUGGAUGUGCUCUGUGGGGCAGGGUUGGUCAAUGACUGCUGCAGCUUUUGGCUGCUUCUCUGUGCAAGUCAUGGGUUGUUCAGCUCAGCAUGCAUGUUCCUGCAGUUUAUGUGAGAAGAUACCAUUUCUUUAGGCUUAGUGAGAAGGAGGGAAAGUUGUGUCAGUCAAAAGGGCCAAGAUUACUUAAAUGUUUAACCUACCAAGAAGUUUUUGGUGUCUGGAUUUGCAAUGCCUCCCCUUACCCACUAGGCCCCAACCUAUCUCUGGAUGUUAAGGAAUCAGCGUUGGAAGCCAAGGUUGUAGGGCAAGAGGCCAAGAACCUGGCUGCAGAUGGCAAAGGUACAGAGUUGAGCAUGAUGAAUGUGAUGUCAGAUGGCAGGACCAUGAACGGGGAUCCCAAAGCUGUUGGGCUGGAUGCCAAGACUGCAAAUCGGGAUGGCAGAGUAACAGCUGUGGAUGCCGUUGAUACAAAAUCGGAUAUUAAGGCUGCAGAUUCAGAGGCCAGAGAAUUGGAUACAGCUGACAACUACAGUGGACCACAGGCCACAGUGACAUACAGGAGACAAACAGGUCCAGGGGGCAAGGAGGACGUGAUGCCAGGAGGCAGGUGCAAGGGCCGGAACGCCAGUGCCUCCACCCUGAAUGUUAAAGAUGCAGGUCAGCAAAGCAAAGGCACAGUUGUGGAUGUCAAAGCAGCAUCAGAAGUCACCAAGCCAGAAGAGAGCAACAAAGAUGACGGUGACAUCAUUUCUCUCGACUGUGAAAUUCUUGGGUUUGGUCCCGAUACUGAUUUGCUGGGACCAGAUGCUGAGACUUACAUGCAUUUCAUGCGGCGCCACCGCUGUUAUGAUGCCAUUCCCACCAGCUCCAAACUGGUAGUGUUUGACACAACCUUGCAGAUUAAGAAGGCCUUCUUAGCCAUGGUGGCCAAUGGGGUGCGAGCCGCCCCUCUCUGGGAUACCAAGCAGCAGUGUUUUGUGGGUAUGUUGACUAUCACUGACUUCAUUAACAUCCUACAUCGCUACUACCGAUCUCCUCUGGUUCAGAUAUAUGAGAUCGAGGAACACAAAAUUGAAACGUGGAGAGAGGUGUAUUUGCAAGGUUUCUUCAAACCCUUGGUGUUCAUCUCCCCAAAUGAUAGCCUAUUUGAUGCUGUUUAUUCCUUGAUUAAGCACAAGAUCCAUCGGCUGCCUGUUAUUGAGCCCAUCUCAGGGAACGUCCUACACAUUCUGACCCACAAACGUAUCCUCAAGUUCCUGCAUAUCUUCGGAGCCAUGCUUCCAAAGCCACGAUUCCUGCAGAAAACCAUCCUGGAACUGGGCAUCGGCACCUUCCGUGACGUUGCCAUGGUCCUGGAGUCAGCCCCUGUCUACACAGCCUUGGAGAUUUUUGUGGACCGCAGGGUCUCAGCAUUGCCUGUUGUUAAUGAAAAAGGGAGGGUAGUUGGCCUCUACUCUCGCUUUGAUGUGAUUCACUUGGCUGCCCAGAAGUCCUACAACAACCUGGACAUUACUGUGGGGGAAGCACUGAAGCAGCGCUCAGUCUGCCUGGAAGGGGUGCUCACCUGCCAUCCUUACGAAACGAUGGAAGACAUUAUUGAUCGCAUCGCCAAGGAGCAGGCAUCGACCGGUAUUCAAUCUGAUGCCAUUAAAGGCCACACUUGCUACCCAGCACUUUGGGUUACCUCCAGGGCAUCUAUGACACAUAAGGGUAAGGCGGAGCUUUCCAGCCCACAAAAAAGAGAGAGAGGUUUCUUCCUAACAGGCAACACUGGUGCUUUGGCUGCGCGUUCCUCCUCCCAUGAUGCAGAAAGAGGUGAGAGAAGCGAUAAUAAAGGAGGAUCUGAACUGCAGAACUGUAUAUAGGUUUUUCAACCGCUGAAAUCUGCUAGACAAGCAGCCAUGCUACAGAUGGAGAGAAAGCUGGCCCUGGUUGAACAUUUGCAUCUGUCGCUUGUCUCCUUUUUCUAUCCCCUGCUGACUGUAGGACAUGUUAUGCACAAAAAUCCAUCCUGUUUCAAGGCCUCUAGCAGGUGCUUUUGACUGAACUGAGGUGACUGCUACUGCUCCAGACUUAUGGACACUCAAGAAGGCCCAUGACACUCACAAGAGGAAGGUAGACUACAAUCGAAGUGGUUUGGCUCCAUGACUUCAACAGGGAAAAAGGAUUUCCGCAUCAGACCCUGCUGCUUUGGAGAAAAGGCAGGUUGUUUCCAACACAGGACUAUGCACUUAGCAGGCUAUGGCAUUAUUAUUUUUUAUUGUGAUUUAUCAUUGUACCUGAACCAGCAACAAGGUUUGAGGCUGACGUGACCUAAGCUGAAGAAAAAUAAUUCAGAGGGAACUGGGUGUUCUGAAAUUCAUGGAAAUUCUUUCAAAUGUAUUUUAUCCUAUUACAGAACAUUAUGGGGUCACUUUCUGUCAACUUUAAAAGCCUAGCUCAGUCCACUGUUUUCCUAUAGCUGACAACAAGCAACUUGUAAUCUUUCCUCUUCAGUCUACAGUAAAAAUCAAGGCUUUUGACUAUUGAGUUCCCCAACAGCAAUAGAAGAAUUUGCUAGGAGGUAGGUAGCAUUUUUCCAGCACACUUAGUGGGGAGGAUCUCACUACAGGAAAGCAUGCAGUUUCUCUUCUUGUUGUUGUGUUCAUGUUCUUUGAAAUAAACUUUCAUAUUAAGACACAGACUAUAUGCAAACAA